AUGAUCGUCCAGCUACCGCCCGGUCUUUGGGGAAUUUCUCUUCUUGGUUAUCUUCUCAUGUUGGGUGAUCUCCCUCACCGUACCCUCCAUCAAAUGGCCCAGAAGUAUGGACCCAUCAUGCAGAUCAGGCUCGGCCUAAUGCCAACUGUGGUGGUAUCAUCAGCUCAGGUAGCAGAGUUAUUCCUCAAGACACAUGACAACGUCUUUGCUGGUCGACCUUACAUUAUGGGUUCCCAGUAUAUGUCUUAUGGGAACAAAGGUGUGCUUUUCUCACAAUACGGUACAUAUUGGCGCUACAUGCGCAAGCUCUACACCAUAGAGCUGCUAAGUGCAGCAAAGGUUGAUUCGUUUAAGUAG